AUGUUCGGACAGCAGCAGUCCCCAGCCCAGCCCAGCCCUGCUGACCACAAAGCAGCGGCGGAACUAAGCCGAAUUGCCCCGGAAAAACAGGAUGGAUUGGCAGCCGUGACGAUAUCCUCACGGAUCCCCGAGUUUUGGAUGGAUAAGCCAAAAUUGUGGUUUGCACAAUUCGAAGCCACUAUCUAUGGCCAGAAAUUGGGGGACGCGGCGAAACAAAAUUUAGUGGUUACAAAACUCACUAAAGGUGCCAUUGAACAGAUCAGUGAUUUGAUUUUAGAACCGCCAGAAAACAAUAAAUACGAAGCACUCAAGGAGCGUCUGCUCCAGGUUUUUGAAGAGACAAAAGAGCGCCAAUUCCGACAAUUACUUAGUGAAAUGGAACUGGGCUCACAAAAACCAUCUCAGCUGUUACGUAGGAUGAAAGACUUAGCUAAAGGAAAAAUAGCAGAGGAAUCACUGCGAAUGCUGUGGAUCGGACAUUUGCCGUCGUCCGUUAGGGCUGUGCUAGCGGUUACAGACGUUGAUCUCAAUGCGCUUGCGGUUGUGGCCGACAAAAUUAUGGAGACAACAAAACCGAUUGAGGUAAGUGAGAUCCAAUCGGAUAACGCCCAGGAACCGGACCUGGCGACACAGGUGGCAAAGCUUACUCUCAAGGUAGAGGCAAUGGAACGAGGCCGCACAGGACGGCGCGACGGGAGUUAUCGUCGCACGUCAUCAGCAGCAAGGUUCCGCGACCGGACCCCCCGUAGCAGGUCGAAAAGUAGAUCACGUAAAAGCCCUGAAUGGCUGUGCUUUUACCAUUUCAAAUUCGGAGCAAAAGCUAAUAAGUGCGUAGAUCCAUGUAAUUGGAAGAAAAACACGCCGGAAAACUAG